ACUCGCAGAUAUAAAUUAGGAGGAUGUGCCAGUUGCUUUCCACGCUUGACGCUACCUGGUCUGGAAGUUCGCAGGAUGUUUUCCUGAGGAGCUCCUAUUUGAUGAUAGCGUGCUUGUUAUCGCAAUGGCGACAAGUAUAAUUGCUUGCUAGAAUUGCUAGAAGACAUGGUUUGCGGGAGUGAGGCUGGCGCGCGGCUUGAAAGGAAGUGAUAUGGGGCAGCUCACGUGCACCAUUGCUUGGCUCUUCAUUGUGGCAUUCGCCUUAAGCCAGGCGGAUGAAUGUAACAAGGAGGAGCGUGCAUACACGCAGCGGCGCGGUCUGCAAGGACCGCAAGAGGCUGGGCUUCAAGCCCGGGUGCUCAUGUAUGCGGACUCAUUCACCUUCUCGGUGUAUGGCACAAGCCAGACGCUUGAAUCGCUGCCGGACGUACGGGUUACAUACGACGUGGCGCCCACCAACACGCCCGCGCAGUUCUCGCGCGAGUUCUACGACGCAAUCGUGAUCCCAAAAUUGGCGCUUUUCAAUGCGGACCCCCUGACCGACGACUACUACAGCCUGAUCGAUUUCAUCUACGAUGGAGGCGCGGUUAUCAUUGGGCCGGGGACGCAGAUGCUCAAUGUCACCAGCGUGUUUCUGAGCUCACUCGCCACGAAAAGCUCUAGCCGCGGCGACCCCGGUUACAGCACCGUGCUGGUGUGCAACUCCUCGGUGGGCGUGGACGUGCCCAAUGCCGCCAGCGAUGCCAUGCGUCAGUUGCCUGGCUUUGCGCCCGCCACGGAUGCGACCUGGAGCAGCCCCGCCGCUUUCCCCGACUACCUUGCGGCUGGAGGCGCCCAGGCGUCCGCCUACCUGGUGGAUUGCGGCGACCUGAGCUCCGUGAACGGCACUGUCAUGUACGGGCAGGACAGCAACUUCAUCCCGAUGCCCCCGCCCUGGGAGGCGGCCGUGCUCAGCUUUCCACGCGGCGACCGGGGAGGCCGCGUGUACUAUGUGGGUGUGGAUCUUGACACGGCGCCGUGGACGGCGACUUGGGGGCAGCUGCUGCGCGCGAUCGUCAUGAAGGCGGCUUCUGGUGCGCUGCCAUCCAACCUGGCAUACGCCAGCCCGCCGCCGUCCGCCCCGUCUGCGCCGGGCGACUGGCAGGCGACAGCCCCUGCGAUCGACCCCGCCACCUCCAACGCCUCCCAGCCGUGGCCGCUCGCGCGCGGCCGCUACAGCUACACAUCUAGCGGCGCCACGGCCGCGGCGGAUCUGGCGGAACCCCUGUCCACGACGGCCGGCCGCUCUCAGUAUACCUGCCACAUUGUGCCGCGGCCGACGGUGGAUGUGGAUGGGUACGCGGACCCGACUUCCAGCUGGCUGGUUCUGGAUCUAGGCACGGCGCGGCGUGUGUACUCAGUUCGGAUCCAGACGCUCAUCGCACGGAUGUCCGAUGAGGCCUUGAUCAACACCACCUCGGUGGACCCCGUACGGAUCCAGGUGCGGGUCGGCGACACGCCCGUGCAGAGCUCACUGCAGAGCGCCUUUGGCCAGAGCUCCAACGUCGCUGCCAACCCGGAGCUUUGCUCGCCAGCGGCCAGCAGCACUGGCGGCUCCUCCGACCACUACCUGGCCGUGGGGCGCAGUCCCACUGCCUACGACGACCCUGGCGCCCUGGUUGUGUCGUGCGGCAGCGCGGGUAGUCUGGUGGGUCGCUAUGUGAGCAUAUCGCUGCUGGAUGACGUCGCGGUGCCGUUCGCCAUGUCCUCCGUGAUGCUGUGCGGCGUGGACGUCAUGGGCGUUAUCCCGGACACAUGGCAGCUGGUGUCUCGAAGCAAGCCCGUGUGUGCCACUGAGAGCAAGGGCGGCGUGGUGUAUCCUGCCGAGGCACAACCGUCGCUGGCGGUUGACGGGCUGUACAACAACAACCGCAACAGCAUCAUGUCCAUGUGUGCACUGUCUGACCUGGCGGCGUCACCCUACAUCAUGGUCGACUUGGGCGGCAUCAUGGUGGUCGAGCGUGUGGAAGUGACCAAGUCGGUCAGUGCGGCGCACAGCCACGAGCUGUCGGGCUUCACCAUCGCAGUGACCACGGAGAACCCCUGCGUCUCGCCCGAGUCUGUGGCGGCGUCAACGCAGCCGUGGCAGUUUUGCGCCAGGGGCCUGAGCCUGGCCCCUGGCGAGACGGGCGUGUACAACUGCAGCGGUAUGGUGGGGCGGUUUGUGUCGCUGGCGCUUCCGGAAGACUUCAACGCGCCGCGCUACCUCCGCGUGUGCGAGCUGGACGUCUACGCCUCCCUACCGGGCAGCGGCCUCACGCUCGCGGGCAGCUGGGGCAGCGAGUCCUUCCUCAUGUCUGUGAACAAGCCGACAGCCACCACACCGAACGCCCUGGUAGACUCGUUGCUUGUGGGGCAGUCAAACACGACAGCGAAGGCCAUGCCGGGACUCCUGGUGGACGGAGUUACGCCCAAGGACGUACGCGCGGCGGCGGCGGCGACCGGCUCCGACCCGGUGUCCCUGCCGCUCGCCUCCAUGUGCGUCAACAUCACGUCGGAAGCCGCCUACAACACCAGCGCCUGGGUUGGUGUGGACCUCGGGGCAGUGCUCAUGGUGCGCUACGUCAAGGUGCAUUACAUGUACGACCACGACCGGCUGUACACGCUGGACUUCAGCUACUACAGCACCGUGCGCGCCGACGUCACCUUGCGGCUGAGCAACUCGAGCGUGGACGGCGUCAAGACCUUCCUGGGUCUGCAGCCGGCCUGCGUGCAGGGCGCGGGGUUCUUCACGGGCGUGGAGUACACCACCGACCUGUACGGCACCGGCGGCAACCACAUCAGGCGCUACGGCUGUGGCUUCAUGGGUCGUUUCGUGUACCUGGUGGCGGAGCGGCCGGCGGGCGACUCCUCCAACCCAGUGGCGCUGCCGCCCGUGUGCGAGGUGGAGGUGUUCGUCGCCUCAGACGCCGCGCGGCCCCUGGGCUACCUGUCUUCCCUGAACCGCCUGGCCGCCGUCACCACCGGCACCGCCGUGGACGUCAUCGCAACGCGCUUCGACAAAACCGCCGGGUCCAGAGCGCUGCAGGGCCCCAACUAUGACCCGCUGAAAAGCAUCGCGGAGUCGACUCGGUGCGCGCUGUGCCUGGGCGUGGCUGGCCAGGCGGUGCCUAGGGCCUUUUGGGUCGUGGAUUUGGGCAGCGUGCGCCUGUUGUCCAUGGUGCAGAUGCUGGGCGGCAUCCAGUUUACAAAUGUAAAAAUCAUGGCACUGGACGCCGACGUCCCGCUGGACCCGACGUCGCCGCUCAGCACGAGCACAGCGCUCGUGCUGCCCGGCGCCGCGUUCUUGACAAUCUCACAAACGACGGGCAUCGUCACCUGGACGCCAGCUGCCAACAACAUAACGGCCCGAUACGUCCUGGUCAUGUCCAUGCAACCGGAGCAGCCCAUCACCCUGUGCCAGGUGUGGGUGUACACGUCGCAGGAGGGAGUGCCCGGCAGUGGCGCGCGGCCCGGCGUGGCGGUGGCGCUGGUGCGCGGCCGCGCGACCCAGGAAGUCGGCUCGGUGUCUGUGGGCAUCACAUUGAAUGUGGUUGCUCGUCGCCGCGAGCUGCUGGCCCUGCAGCAACAGCCGCCGCUGGGUGGCCGUCGCGCCAUGAGCGCCGCCGGCGCCGCCGCCAACGCCAUCACCGCCUUCGGCAGCAGUAGCAGCAGCUACGACGGCAGGAGCAGCUAUGAUGGCAGUAGCAGUAGCGGCUACAGCGGCCGCCGCCGACUGCUGCAGAGCACGUUCGGCCCCGCGCUUCUUCUGCUAGACCUGGCCCUGGUGCGGUCUGUGGAGGUGGCGGUGCUGACAACGCCCAAGGUGUCUACGUACGCGGAGAUAGCGAAUGUGCAGAUCGCGGUGUCUAACUCCAGCACCGGCGCUGGCGGCGGCGCCUUCUGCGCCUUUGACGUGACGCUGCCGCUGUCGCUGACGCGGCACGUGUUCGGCUGCGGCGGCGCCUUUGGUCGCUACCUGGUGGCGCAGCGCAGCGACGGCUUGGGCCUGCUGCCGGGCAGUGGGCUGGAGGCGUUUCUGGUGGACCCGGGCAACCAGCUGAAUGUGGCCCUGAACAAGCCCACCAACCAGUCAGGCGGCGUGGUCACGGGCAUCGGCGGCAGUAACAACGCCGUCAACGGCUACUACGACUCGGCCUCAGUCGCGGCGGCGCCGGUGGCCGGCCGCGUUGUGGCGUUCGGCUCCGCAACGGCGGCGGUGGCGGCGCCGUACUGGUCGGUGGACCUGGGGUCGGCGGUGCCGCUGGUGUGGGUGGAGGUCACGGCGCACCCCACUGCUGCCGACGGGCAGGGCCUGCUGAGCUUUGACAUCGUGCUGAGCAACGCCACCCUCGUCACCGGCAGCGAGGGCGUCACCGUGCUGACCGGCCUGUCCCUGGCAGCCGGCGCCACCGGCCGCUACCCCCUCGGCGGCGCCGCCGCCCGCCAACUGGUUGUACGGCAGCCAACUGCCACCCGAUCCAUGGAACUGGCCCAGGUGGACGUGAUCGCGGACAAAGCAACCAUAACCGCCAAUGACAACCAACUGAUUACGCCCAAGCCGCUGUUCUACCCAACCGUGCGCGACACGUACCGGACCGCCGGGGCGUACCUCGACUCGUUUGGUGUGUCAACCACCGGCGAGCUGGCGCCGUUGGCGGUUGACGGCGCCGCGGUGUCAGACUCGGUCCAGCGCUGCUCCCGUACGGAGGUCCCGCUGUCGGACCUGCCGUGGCUCAUGGUGGACCUGGGUGCCCCCAGGAAGGUGCUGCGGCUGGCGCUGCUCAAAGCCAACGACCCCGCCGCGGCCGGCCAGCUGGAUGACGUGGACGUGGUGCUGGGCGACUCGCCGUCGGGCUCGGUGGUCUCAGCCAACCCAGUGGUUUUGUCGGGCCUGAGGCUGCCCACGCCCGGCGUGUGGGCGUUUUUCGAGCUGCCAGCCACGGCCGCGCCCGGUCGCUACCUGGCGGUGCGCGGCCGCUCGCCGGGAGCCACGCUGGUGGUGUGCGAGAUAGCGGCGUACGGCUCCAGUGCGUACGAGUUGGCGUUGUCACCAGCCGCGCCCAACCCGCCGCCGUCGCCCGCGCCACCCAGCCCCGCACCGCCCGCGCCGCCCUCCCCCGAGCCUUCGCCUCCGCUGCUUCCGCUGCCUCCACUCCUGCCGCCAGCACCGCCCAGCCCGGGCCCUUCGCCACCAGCAACACCUACACCGCCCUCGCCAGCACCCUCACCAGUGCCCCCUUCCCUACCACCCGCGCCUCCACUCCCUGUGGGAGCGCCCAUGAUACCCGCACCCCCCUCCCCACCGCCAUCACCACCCGCCGCCCCCGACUCUCCAGCUGCCGCCAGCAAGCAAAGCACCCUCACGGUCGCACCCGUGGCUACCGACCCAACCGCCGUGACCGUUGUAACCGCCUCGGUGGUUGCGGUGACCGUUGCGACCUCCCUGGCGGCGACGCUGGCGGCGUCAGCCGUGGCGUCGGCGGCUGCCAGUGGCGCCGGCGGCGCGAUAGCUGCCAGUGUGCCUGGCGGCGCCGCCACAGGCGGCGCUGGCGGCGCGGCGGCGACGGCGUUUGUGGGUCACCUGCAGUUUUUUGCGCUGACGUCACACGCGAGCGCCCAAGUCAGUGGCUCCUACACCGACACCAACAGCGCCCUGGGCUGGCUGAACCUGGAGUACGACACGCUGCUCAAGAUGGGCGUCACGUGGCUGCCGGACGCGGAGCAGAAGGCGUACUCACAGGCUUUGAACGUGGGCCUGGUCUUCACGGGCGUACUGCUCUUACACGUCAGCCUGGUGCUGACAGUGCAGUACAUACGGCGCAACUCAGCCGCCUGCGCCGCCUUCUGGUGCUGGUGUGUACGGCGACGGCCGCCACAGCCGCCGCGUGUCCUCGCAGCCGGCGGCCCCGUCGCCGAGGCACUGGAAUCACGUGCCUCCAUCGCCGCUGCGACGUCGCCGGCGUCGUUCCGAAAGCGCAAGCUCGGCAUUAUGCUUCCCGACUUUCUAGUUUUUCCCUACUUAGAAAUCUUCAUCUACGUGUUCUUCCUUGUGUCGCUCGCAAACGCCGCCGGCAUGCUUGUGGCGGUCGGCUUCGCGGCCUCGCCGCAUCGCGUCGCGCCCAUCGCGGUCGGCAUCGGGAUCCUGGUGCUGAUGGCGGCGCUGACGGCGGCAGCGGUGGUGCUGCUGACGCGGAUGUACCGCAGGGCGGCGCGGCUGGGGCUGGAGUACGUGCCGAAGCCGCGCCCGCCGCCACAGGGCGAGCGCGAGGGGCGCGUGUCGAGGUGGCUGCGCCUAGCGGAGCGUGGCUUCUGGGAGCGGCCCGAGGGAGUGGAGGUGAAGCUCCUGGAGCCGCUUCGUACCGAGCACUACCUCACCGCCGGCGCUUUCAACCCCGCCGCCGCGCUCGCCGCCGCCGACCCCGAUGCCCGGCUCACACACCUCAGUCGUCUGGCCACCCGCUUCUCACGUAUGGCCUCAACACUGACCUUCCUGAACAGCAGCCGCCGCGACCGCGACCGCGAAAUGUUUGACACCGGCUCGCCAGCUGGCAAGGACGCCGCGGCUGCGGCAGCGGUGACGGUCGCAGUGGCGGGCGCUGGCGCUGGCGCGGCGGCAGCAGCGGCGGCUCUGGCGAGUGAUGGGGACGGCAUGGCGGGGAGUGGGGUGGAUGGAGGCAGAGAGGGUGUAGAGGGUCUGUCGGCAGUGGUGGUUCGGCCUUCAGCGCUGCGUAUUGCCGGCAUGGAGGGGGCUCUCGGCGGCAGCAGCCACAGCAGCAGCGUAAGCGGCAUUGCGGACGGCUGCACAGGCGGCGGCGGCGGCGGCGACAGUGCCAGGGGUACAUUGGUGGGCGGAAGCAGCUUCUUCAACCAAAGCCGGCGCAGCAACCGGGUCAGCGCCAGCAAUGCGCCGCUCAGCGACGGUGAGGCCAGCAGCAUGACAGGCAGCGCAUCAGCCGCCGCCGUAGCGGUGCGCACAGGGCCGCCGCCGUUUGCCGAGCGGCGGUCGGCAUCUGGCGCCGUCUCCGUCGGCGCCUGGGGUAGCUUCACGCCAGGCACAGGCGGCGGCUCAACAAACGGCAUGGCGCCGCCCGCGCCGGCUUCUGUGGACGCAGCUGCCGCCGGCGGGGCCAUUGUCGGAAGGGCCUCCGCUUCGGGUACGGUGGUGGUUGCGGCGGCGUCAGCGGCGGCGGGCUCGCGCCCUGGCUCUGGCAUGCCCCACCGCAGCGAGAGCGGCAGCCUUGCGGCGGCCUUGCUGGGCCACUUCCGUCGCGGCGGCGUAGGUGGCGGCAGCAAGGCCUCAUCAAGCGCCACCUCUGCCACUGCCGGCACUGCCGCCGCCGCCGCCGCCGUGGGUCCCACAUCUGCAUCCCGGUUUGCGGGGCCGCCAGCAGCUCCCAGCUCGCCUCCACCUCCCGUGCCGCACUCGCAUUCAGCGGUUGUGGAUCUUCGUGACAACGCCCUUUUUGGAGACUCGACCUACAGUGCCGCGACUGCCACACCGCCGCUGACGCCAUUAGGCGUGGCUGCGCCCGACGCGGCCAAGGCCGCGCUGGUGGCACCCCACGUGGUGCAGACGGAUUCCCUCCUGCUGCAGUCGGGCGCCGACUACGCGGCGGCAGCGGUGUUGGGCUCACCGACGCCUACGGCCACGGCCGGCGCAACCGACGUUGCCAGCGCCGCAGCUGCCAGUGCCUUCAUGUCGGCCGCUGCGGUGACAGCAGCAAGUGCGGCGGCGGCAGGAGAGGUGGACGGUGCGCGUCGGUCGGCGCUGUCGGCCCGGCCACAGAGUGGGCGGACGAGCAGCAACGGCGCCAGCCCCGUCCCGGCGCACGCAGCUCCUUUGCUGCCCGCCGUGAUCACGGCAGCGCCAGUGGCGCCGCGGGUCGAGCCGCUCGGGAUGUCCAUGCCAAGCAUCAGCCGCCGCCUGAGCCGCGCUGGCGGCAGCAGCCUCUCCGGAGCCGUGCCGGCUGCUCCAACGGCUGGCAUGCCGAUUUCCAGUGCCAGGCUGCCCUCAGCUUUGAUUCCUGAAGAUGCGUCUCAAGAUUCGUCCGGAGCAACAGCAGGCAACGCUGCUGAUGCUGCCGAUCCCGCGAUCCGGGACGUGCCGCUUCCAGACCCGGCCUCCCAGCCAAACGGGCCGGACGCGGGACCCCACGCCGUCCGCUCGGCCCUGGCAGGUUCCAUGGCGGCCUUCGCAGCAGCGCUUGAGUCGCACGACUCCUUCACCCACGCCAGCCACCGAUCUCCAACCCGCCUCAGUGGCGGCGGCGGCAGCGGCUGGCACGGCAGCCCUCGGCUGCCGGGGGCAAUGGUGGGUUCGCCCAGCGCGUCGCACGACGCGGCGCGCCACUCCCAGCUGGAACAGAAGCGGCGGCGGCGCAAGAGCCUGAUCAUGGCCGACGGCGGCGCCGCGCUGCCACAUGACAGCAUUGGCAGCCCCCGGCAGUUGAGCGAUGACGAGGGCGAGGCGCUGACCGAGGCGGCCAAUGCAGCGGCGGCGACGCUGAUCUCGCGAAAGAGUGGCGGCGGCGGCGGCGGCGCAGGUCAUAUCACCGGCGGCCGCAGUCGGCUGGGCGCUGUGGAGAUGACGGGCGGCGGCCCCGGGGCGCUGCACAUGCCUGCGCCGCCGGAAGCGCCGCUGCCACCCGCGCCGGCGCCGCCGCCGCCGGCUGCACCCGUGCCCGCUGGCACUGCGGGUGUGGCGGCGGCGUCUGAGCCGCCGCCACAGUCAGCGGCGGCACGCAUGGUUGCCGCGGCUAAAGCUCUCGCCGAGGAGUUUGCAGCUAUGGAGCAUGCUCGCGCUCAGAAGCUAGCGCAGCAGCAACAAGAACAGCAGCCGCAGGAGCAGCAGCAGCAGCAGGCGCCACCUGCACCGCCGUCGCGGCGCACGUCACUCAGCGGUGCCGACGCCAGUAACGGCUCUCAAGGCGGCGGCAUUCUUGCUGCUGGUUCUUCGGCGCUCAGCCGGAAAUCACCGCGCCGCACCACCAUCGACGGCGCCGCCGCCAGCUCGGAUCGCCAGAUGUCUGGACGGCCGCUGUCAGGCCGCCCACCAUCCGGACGGCCGCCAUCGGGGCGGCCCAACGCCAGCGGCGCCGCCGGCCCCGGCCGCCUCCCGUCGGCGGCGCAGCGCAACUCCAACAGCAUCAGUCGCCGUGACAGUGGCUUGAAAGGCAGCGGCGGCGCGGCUGAUGACGCCGUCGCGGCUGCCGCUGCAGGUCUUGGCGCGGAGCCGUCAGCGACUGACACAGCAGCAGGCGGCGGUGCCGCUAGUGGCUUCAUGGCGGCAGGUAACGCCAUUGUGGCAAGUGACAGGUUGGCACGGGGCCGGCCCACAUCCGCCCGCGCCUCUGACAGCGGCUUGGUGCCGGCACCUGCCACCGUUGCUUCUCCAGGUGCUGUGGUAGCAGAGCCCGCUUCGCUGCAGCCAGCCGCCUCCUUGCGGCGAACCGGAAGCGGCAGCUCGGGGCGGGCUGGCCGGACUGCCAUGACCGCGGCCGUACAUGCCGUCGGCGCCACGACCAAGCUGACCGCGGCAUCCGCGGCCACAGCCGCAACUGCCGCGGCCCAUGCGGCUGCUGCAGCUGCUACUGCCGCACCCGCUACUGCUGCAGCCCCGGCGGUGGGCUCCACACAUUACGCUGCAUCAGGCGGCUCCACCUCCCUCUCCUCGACCGCCUCCCCCUCCUCGCCGCAAUCGACACACCACUACCAGUCGCCACCGCUCCCUGCGGCCAUUGACGAGAAAGACUCUCGGGCCGCCGCGGCGGCUUGGCCGGCGUCCGUGCCAUCCGCCAUGCCGCCGCCCGCCAUUCGUGUACCGUCGUCCUCGGGUGACAAGGCCGAGAUGCAGCGGGCUGCUGCCGCCGCAGCGGCGGCCGCCACUGCAAACGGCGUGGCUUCGGGCGGUGCUGCCAAGGCGCCGACGGUGGUGAUAGGGUCACCUGCCGGUGUUGCUGCCUUAAGCACUAGAGACAGCGUCGGGGCUGCCAAGCUGGGAAGCCCAGCGGGCCAGGAGCCGGUGCUGCCGAUCGAGCUGCAGAUCCGGCGUGUGGAGGUGUACGAGCGGUACGGGCAGCUGUUUGAGGAGUUUCGCGGCGGCAAAAUUGCAGCGGCUACCUUUCAGGGGGCGCUACUGGCGAACGCCAUCGUGCCGGCUGUGCUGCUGGCGGUGCAGGCCGGCGCCGACAUGGCGGCCGGCAGCCGCGGCGCCAAGGCGACCAACAUCGCGCUCUUGUGCGUGAAGGCGCUGUUCGCGAUCUACAUGAGCGCUGUGCUGCCGUUCAGCAAUGCCAUCACCAUGACUGCAGAGCUGGUGUGCAGCUGGCUGGAGGCAGCGGUGUGCGCCGGCCUGGUGGCGCUGCAGUGGUACGCGGGGGCCAAGGGCAUCUCCAGCGCCAUGGCGGUGUGCGAGGUGCUGGUCAUCGCGCUGCAGAUAUUGCGCAUUCUACUCACCAGCGCCAUACCAUGCAUCAUCGUCGUGUGGGAGUGGAGCCGCAUCCACUGCUGCCUGCGGUGCCGCCGGCGCAAGAGCGGCAGCGGCACGGGGCCUGCUGCCAUCGCCUCUGGCGGGCAUGGCAAUGCAACGCAUGAGGGCUGGAACGAGGACGACGGAAAUGCGGACAGGGCGGCAGUUACCGGUCGUCAUAGUAAGGAGCAUGUUUAAUCCGAUGACGUUGAAAUGCAAAUGCGGGCAGGCAUGUGGCGGAAGGCGAGGGUGCCGUAUUGAAUUGUGUCGGCCUCUGGAACUCCCUGGCAGUUUCGCUGGGACGCGUCGGGUGGAUCUCACAGAGGCCCGGUGAAAUGUUGAAUGGGAUUCCAGUACCGCAAUGCUGCAUAUGACGAGUGCAUGCGCAUCUGAUCUCGUCAUUCCGCUCGAUACGCACGCCUCCCCCGGAAAGACUGUACAUACGGUACCUAUGCACCCUCCCCUGCUAUGCACAUAAUGGCAUGUGCCUAGCAUCUACCAUACUGAAUGGUGUUCACAACCAACUAGCAGUAAGCAUGCUUCAAUGUGCGCGUGAUUUCUAUCAACUCAUGUUACCGUAUUACCGGUAUGCACAGUGCUCGCAUCUUCGGCACAGACAGUCCAGGACAGUCGCCCCACACACCGUCCGCCGACGCAUCGCAAAUGCGACCCAUUUGAGACCUGGAUGCUCAGGUAUCGGCUGGCUUGACUACGAGGGGAGGUGAUGAAGAUAGCGUAUGGUCGCGCAUGCCCUGACAAGAAAGGUGGCUCGCCCUCUCUGACAGAAUGUGAGAGUGCUCUCGCCAAUCUGACUUGCUGGCCCUCUGGCGGAGGGGAAAACCCAUAGCUGUAAUAAGUGUCAGCUGCGAGACUUACUUGUGAGCUCUGCAGUAAAGAGCGGCGGUCCUUGUGGAGACUGUGUGUGUGGUGUAUGGUGACUGCCUGUCUGCCUCACUGUUCAAACAAGUACCGGGAACACGUUAAUCCGAGAAACA